AUGUUGGGAAAUAGUUUCCAGCACCAUCAUCGGAACAUGUCGUUUCCGCACGGCGGUAAGUACCUACCCGCGAUGCGAUUAUAAAUUUUAUUUUUGACAUUGUUAAUAAACGAUUAUAAUGGUAUUGAAAGCGAUGUUUUUUUAUCUAGUAUAAUAGCGUGGUUUACACACGGAACGUGUAUAAUUAUUUUCAUCACGUCUAUACCGAUUAUAUAUUUAUAGGUGAUACGAAUUCUGAAAGUAGAUUUAAAGUUUCGUUGAAUGUAAUAUUCGUGAUCGACUUUCACACAUUUUUAUUUCAAAGUUAAUAAUAAUACCUAUAAUAAAAAAAAAAAAAUUCAUACAAAUUAUCAGAGAAGUUGAUAACGUGUUAGACGAAGUCAGAAAAUCACUGUUUUUUCGUUUAUGUCGGCGUUACAGCCUUGAAAUGUUGGUAAUAAACCCAAACAAACCGUAUAGCGUCGAAUUAAUGUACAUAUUACCUAAGCUCUCGAAUUUAACCGAUUUGACUGAAAAUCAAUUUAGUCUUUUUUAGAGCCUAGCUAAUUAUUUAGUGAAAAUUAUAACCGUAUGAGAGAUAUAACGUAUACGGAUAAAUUCAUAAAGUAGCUUACACUACUUAAUAAUUUAUAAAAAAGAAAAAACCAAGAAAAGAUCUGUUGUAGUCAUAUAGGUUUGCAUUCGUUUUUAUAGUAUGACCAACUGCGCCCGUAAAUUAGCCACGGUAAAUCGAAUAAAUGGCGACGUUCUCUCUCGUAUUAGAUUUUUAAAAAAAAAACUCGAUGAUGAUAAUAAUAAUAAUAACAUUUUAAUAAUAUAUAACCUAAAAUUAAAAUUUUUAAAAACUGUGUGUCAUAUACGAUAUUUCGUAGUGUUCUCGUAAUAAAUCGUUUUAUUGUUCAAUAUGGGAAAAUUGAUUAGAAAAAAAAAAUCUUUAGUGCAUUAUAGCCGGUCACUGGGGUUGUGUAAAAGUCACUGUCCAAGGUUGUAUAACGAUUGGGUAACUAUUAAUAGUUGGCGAAUACAGCCCGCGUGCGGCUAACUUCCACAGAGAGUAUACCGCGUGUAGUUCGACGCCGUGAUAUAAAAAUACAAUUUUCCUGUUAAAAAACUGUAUCGUUUACUACGCAUACGUUUUUAUUCUAAUAAUAUGUUAAGUAUGUAUUAUUCGUAUUGUACACUGAAGUUAUUAUGUAAUUCAAUAUUAUUGUAUACAACAUUUAAGUCCGUUAACAUCAACUUUAGUGGACGUUGAGAUCAGUUUGACAGACAAUAUUAAUUAUUUAUUUUUUCCAUAAUAUUUAAAAUAUAUAAAGUUUAAUGCCACUUAUUUAAACGUUUUCCGUCAAACGCACACUAUUGUUACUAUUUUAUAUGGGUAGUAAAGACAAAAAAUUUAACAUCGAAUCUUUUUAAACAAUUAAAUAAUUUUAAAUAAUUUAUUUAAAAGAAAAUUUAAAAUUUAAAAUGGUUUUGGUUUGUUUUUUUUUUCGUUAUUAAAAAAAUUAUUUUUUUCAAAUAUAAUUUAGUUUUUUUACAUCAUAUUAUGAUAUUGUGUUUAGCAUGAUGUGCUUUGUAUUUAUUUUUAUUUUUUAUCAGUACACAUAAUGCAAUAUACCAAACAGAAGUGGUUGUUUUAGUCUGAUCAGUAAAAUAACUGAUCUCUUGAUAUUAAAACCAUUUAUAUGGUAUUUAUAUUUAGUUGCAUAUCAUUAAUUAAUUUGUGAUCAAAUUAAUUACUAUGAACAAUUUGAAUCAAUUAGCACAUUAUACUAAUGUUAUCAAUUAUUAUAUUAUUUAUUCUCGAAUCACCAGAACAAUAAAAUAUGUUUUAAUGUAUUGCAUGUUAAUUUAUCCUUUAAUUUACUUAAGAUCCAAUUAAUUUUUGACUGCUUUAAGCCCAAAUGGCAUCCUGCUGACUAAAGAUAAUUUAAACAAUAAAUUGUCAAAAAAAUAAAUUAGAUGUUAAACAUAAAGACCAAAUAUUUAUUUUUACCUUUGUGUUUCAGGUUCUGUGAUACAUAACAACAUGCCUCCAACCAUUAGUAAAAAUUUAGGGAGUGGUCGACUCAAUGCUGUAGUGAACAAACUUCAUUUACAAAAACAAUGUCCAACAGUUAGUUCUUUUCCAGACAUGAUUUCUGAACAAAGUCAUUUGUCUAUAUUACAAAAUCUAUUGAAUCCUACUCAACUACCAAAUUCAGAAAAAAAGAACUUACGUGCUCCACCAGCAUUGUUUCCUCUCACUUCUGAAGUAACUAUCCAACGUUAUCCUGUUGUUCAUACAAUACAAGAUCGACCACUUGAUGUUUUCCAAAGACUUAAACGUCUUGGAACAGACAUUGAAAUGGAAGAAAUACAAAAUGAAACAACACUAAGCAUCAUACCAACUUGUACACAGUCUCAAAGUUCUUCUGUUUCGUGCAUUCCAAAAAAUAAAUUUAAUAAUUUCAAAAUUAACCCUCCAGAUACCAGUCUUGUAAUUUUGCCUAAAACCGAUGUGUUCAAUAAUAGAAAUAUACCAGAGCCUUCUGUGGUACUUGAAGUGAAAGUAACACCUACACCAAGAACUCAAGAUGUAUUUUUUAAUGGAAAAGCAGAUCUUAAAAAAUAUGUGUUUUCAAUUCAUCAUUCUCAAAUUUGUAUUACAAAUAGUGGAAACAAAUUGUAUUCAUGUAAUGUAUGUUCAGGUAUAUACCAAAGAAGAGGUGCUCUAAAGAAACAUUAUUUAAAGGCUCAUAUUAAUUAUCAUUAUUUAACACCUCGUGACUUACAAAUUGCUGGCUUUAGAGGUGAAAGACUUGAAAGAUUAGUAGAUAAGUGGAAAAAUGCAACAAACCAAAUUGGUUACUACCAUUGUCAUAAAUGUUGUAUUUCCUUCAGAACCGUCCCAGAAUUGCGUGCUCACGUGAUGCACCAUCCUUUACAACCUCAUACUGUGAAAAAAAUUCCCAAUAUUGUUACAAAAGUUUGUGAAUUAUGCCUAUACUGUGAUAAAAAAAUUGAAAAUGAAGAUGACCGUAAAAGCCAUUUGUCCAAAAUGCAUCCUCCAAAAAGAAGAUGUCAUGUAUGUACAUACUGUCAAUUAAACUUUUUUGAUUUAUUCACAUUACAUACACACAUGUGUAACACUCAUGAAGAUGUUUACUAUGGUUGUGCCCAUUGUAAAGAAAGAUUUAUUUCUAAAGAAUUAGCUAAGAGUCAUAAAAACAUUUGUUUGAAUAACUUAUGUAUAAAAUUAGAUUCUGAUAACAAUGUAAAAAAAUUUGAUUUCAAAGAAGAACCUCCUAAGGUUGAAUUAAUUGAAUUAAAAUUGAAUGAAACCAAUAGUAUGGAUGUUGAAAAAAAAGUACCAUCUUUUGAAGAGCUUAAAAAAGAAGAAUCAAAGAAAAAAGAUGACCCAAAAAAAGAAGAAACAAAAAAAAAAGAAGAACCAAAAAAAAAAGAAGAAUCGAAAAGGUAUCCAUUUUACUGCCCAGACUGUAAAAAAGGAUUUACUCAGCAGCCAAAUUUAGCACGACACAUGAGUUUAGGUCAUGGAAAAAAGUUAGAAUACAAAAAAUCUAAACAAUUUUUACAAACUACCAAUAAAGUAAUUUUGUCCAAAAAACAAAUAAAAACUCAAGAAAAGGAAUUAAAAGAUGAGAUUCAAGAUUUAUCAGCAAAAGGAACUCAAUAUGUUUUCUUGAAUAGCAAAAAUGAACUUAUUACCAAACAAGGUUCACUUUUUGAUAUCUCUUACAUGAAUCUUGAAAUUCAAACUCGAAUCAGACGAAUGCUACCUGCCUUAAUUCCUAAUUCACCACUUAGUGAAGAUGACACAAAUUCAUUAGAAGUUGACGCAGCUGCAUCAUAUGGUUUUCCUAGUUCUCAUGGUAAGUAAAACAUAUAUAAUUUGUUGCAAUGAGUAGUGGGUAGAGAAUUUAUGAACCUAUAGCUACAAUAUAUUUGUUUUCCAAUUCGAUAGAAAAAUUAUAAAAAUAAAAUAAAAUACGCAAAAUAAAUGUUUUUUUAUAAUCUGUGAAUUGUGAUUCUGUUUUGAUUAAAACAUUUUCUAAAUAGAUAUUGAAAGAGAAAAACUUGAAGGAUUUAGUGGAGAAUGGUUAUAUCCGCGUAGUUAUAUUUGUUCUGCCUGUCCAGCGACAUGUUCUAAUAUUUGGGACAUUUAUUAUCAUAAGUGGAAUGUACAUCCUAACGUACUUUGUCAUCAUUAUGACAUACCAUUAGAUCAGCUUCCAUCUCAAAAAUGGGUAAUUUGAGAACUUAUCUUUAUAUGGUAGUAUGAUGUUAUUACUACAAUAAUGUGUAUGAUUAAAUUUGUAGCGCCCUGAAAGAAACUUGAGCAGAGUAGGAUUGUUGUCUGAAUGUAAUGAGCUACAAACCGAGAUACCUCAAUGCACAAAAUGUGGUAAAUUAGAAAAUGACAUUGCUCUGCUUCACAGGCAUUUAUUGGAUUGUGGCGGUGAUACAGAAUGGCUCAAGACAAUGAUUCACACAACAAAAUCUCCAAAUAGUAAAAAAUCUAGGUAAAUUAUAUUUUUUAUUUUACAUAUUUUUAAAAUAUUCUAAUUGUAAAAUUAAAUAUAAAAGAAAAAAUUGGCGACCAUUUAAUUUUCGAAAACGUAAGAAUGGCAGGGCAAGGCAUGGUCUUAAACGAACUCCACCUACACCACCUUUACCUAUUGUUAAAACUAAACCUGGUGAUGGUAAGUUUUAAAUUUAUAAUCAAGAUAAUAAAUAGGUUUUAGUUAUAGCACUAAAAAAGUUAAUUUUUAAUCGACUUUAAAUUCAUAGCUGAAAGUGUGAGUCGUAUGAUAGCUGAUCUACCUCCUAAAAGAGUCACAAGACGAUUAGUAUUUGAGGCACCUAAUGGGAAUAGUCAAGCAACUAUAAAUAGUGUAAGUAUAAUGCUAUUUGUAGAACAAUUACAUUAUUAUUAUUUUUCGGUAACCACUAGGGUACUUGGUCUUUGAAGAUAAGGUCGUUUCUAUGUGAUAACAGAAUUAUAAUUAAAUUAUGAGAUCUAUUAUCUUCACGACUGUGACUUUUAGAUCAUCUGGUCACACAUUUCUGUAUCUUCCCAUUUCUUACAUGGUCUUCUACGCGAUCUCUUAUUCUUUUCCAGAACCAUGCGUGUAAAUGUACUUUGCAUCAUGCGUAUCUAACAAUAUUAAUUACAUCGUUACACUAAUAACAUUAAUACCUCAUAACUUAAUUUUUGUCAAAAUAUCAAAAUAUUUGUGCUUACCUACUAUUUUAGUGGUUAUUUGCGUUAUUCAAUACCACUGACUAAGUCAUAUACAAGACUAUAAACGAUUAUCAUUGAUCAGGAGGGGCGUGGAAACUGGCUACAAAAAGCUUUAGAUAGAGUGGGGAGCUUAAAGCCACGUAAUACAUAUUCUGCAAAUGAGAAUUUCCAUUUAUCAAUUUUCAUUCCUUUACACCUACCUACAAUACGCUGCUGUAGGAUUUAAAAAUAUUACGAGUUUAUGAUAAGCUCUUGAAAAAUGGAAAAUCCGAUCACAUAUUAAUUGGCCAACUAAAUACUAAAUACCCAAAUAUUAAAUAAAUGACUUUCAAAAUUUUGAUAAUUUUUCCUAUUAUUCAAAAGCCAGGAGUUGAACCAAAAUGUUUAGUAGGACGCAAUUAGUUUGGAAGUUAAAGUCGUGUGAAAUACUGAUAUUAGUGUCAGCACGCUAUAUUAUAAUACAGUACUAAACUAUAUAUAAGUAAUACAUUAUGACUAUUAAUUUCGACUUUCUACAUUGGAGAUAAAAUAACCAUCGAUUUUUUUUUAAUUUGCGUAAUCGAAAAGUUUCCAGAAAAAUGUCAGUGAAUUGUAGUCUACCUAAUGUGGUUUAGUCUACAAAUUGAAGAUUAUUUUCGUUUAAGUUCCUACGAGCUCUUAAGAUCCCUCAAAUGAAACUAUAUAAAUCUUUGUUAUGUAAUAUAAUUUCGUCGGCAACCUUUUCUGUAGGUAUUUAGGUAACUUAUAAAGUUUUAAAAUUCAUAGCAGAUUAAAGCGUAACAUGCAACUAAAGCCUAAAUUCGAUAAGGAACCUACUAUUUAUGCCUCAUGCGCGACAUUAAAUAUCUAUAACUUCCAAACUAAAUGUGUCCAACUAAAAAUGUUUGCAGAUAUGUGAUUGAACAUUAAAAGUAUUAUCAAUUUAAAUUUAUGCCCUGUAAAUUAGAUUUAUUCUAAUUUUACUUUUUAAAAACCUAGUAUUUUUAUAUUUUUUUUUUUUCAAAAUUAAAAAUUAUAUCCAAAAUACUAAAUAUUAUCCAUCCACUGAAUCCAUGAGUAUAAUCCUUAGAAAUAUUUACCACUAAAUAUUGGUUAUUGCUGCUGGUUUUAAAUAACUGUUAAAUACAAUUAAUGUAUAAUAUACUUAUAAAUUUACACGCUGCCUCUGAAACAAAAAGAAUUCUGCGCGCUCAAAGGUAUAUUUAAUUAUAAAAAUGUUGAUUCUAAAGUUCUAACUUUUACUAACUCAAUUAUCUACAUGUUUUAGGUUCCUAUUGAUACGAACAGCCGUAACCCGACUGUUUCAAGUUCAACAACAUUUUGUAAGAAAAUUAAAAAAAUAGUGCCUCCAGUUAUAAAUGAAACAACUACGCUUAUUUCUGAUGCACCAGAUUUCUUACGAAGUCUUAACAUUGUGCGUGCUCCACUUAAACAAGCUGAGCAGGUUCUCCCAUGUGGUAAGACUGAAACUGAAGUAAUAAUUGCUGCUAUGAAAGAAACCUUAAUGGCUUCCCCAGCACCAACUCCAGUUAUUUUACCUAAGAAACGUAAAAGACAAAUUUAUGAUUUAAAAGAAUUGGCAGAAAAAAUUGCAAAGCACGACCAUAACGUGAUUCUUGAUCCAAAGGUUGAAGAAGCUAAUGACAGUAAGUUGGAAAAUGUUCCCAUUCCUGUGGUGGUAAAAAAAAAAGGUAGAAAAUUAAUGAGUGAAAUAGAGGUUGGAUUGAUAAAGCAAAACAGAUUACGUAGAAAAAGAGAAAUCCCUCCAAAAGUACCAGAAAAAGUCCUCCAUAAGCCAAAGAAACCUAAAGUUGAAAUUCAAGAAAAAAAAAUUAAAAAUGUCAAAGUGGAUUCCACCUUAGCAAAAAAAACUAAGAAUGAUAUUCAAAAAAUUAAAAAAUCUGCAAAAAAAACGCUUGAUGAAAACUUUGUUUCUAAAAUACAAACGCGUAAUAGAAAGAAAAAUUUUAUAGAAGAAUCUUUGUCGAAAGAUAACCUUUCAGAAAAGAAGGGUAAAACAAUUAAUAAUAAUGAAUCAUCUAGUAGCUUUGUUGAUAUUGAUUCUAGUCAAGAAAUCCCUUUGUCUGAAAUUCCUGUUAAGAAAAACAUAGUUAAAGUGGUGAAUCCUUUCAAGACAAAACCUAAAAACCGAAGAAACCCUGGUAUCUUCUUUGGGUCGAGAAAACGAAGGCGUAAUUUAAAGACUGAAAAUAAAACUCAACUGCCUACAUUGAGUAACGUCAGUGAAGAUGUAUCAGUACUCAAAAUAAUACCAAAAUUAGAGUACUCAAAUUCAAAUCCACUGGUUUCUGAACCCAUUAAAGAAAAAAAAGUUUUAGAAAACUAUGAUAUUCAAAAAUUAGAAGGCAUUGUCAAAACUGAAAUUUUAGUACAAGAAAAAACUCAAGAAUCAUUAAAGUCUUCUCAAAAUGAACCUAUAAUAUUGACAGUUAACGAAGAACAUAAGGUCACUGCUCCGAUUAGUAUUGAUACUACUGAACUAAAAGAACCUGAAGAAGUAGCGGAACCACGUUGGCACACACAAUCUGAUAAUUUUUUUGAUCUGCCUUCCACUGUUAGUUUAGGAUCAAUAUUGAGCUCUGUUAAUCAGGUCAGUACAUUUCGCUUAUAUCUAUGUAUUUUAUAUAUAUAUAUAAUAUGCUAAUGUUAUUAUUUUAUUAAACAGAUAUUGGAAGGACCUGACUGUAAUGUAGCCAGUACAGAAGUAAACGAUUAUUCAUGGACAGAGCUACAACGUGCAAUGGGGGCCACUGAUGAAGAAAUGGCUAUAUUACAAAAUUUUGGCACUAACUCAUCUAAAGACAGUGAAAACACUACUAAUGAAAAUCAUACGGAUCUAUUAGACUUGGACUGCAGACAGGAUACCAAUUGCAAUCAAGUAAAUGUAAUUGUUGCCAUAAGUUUUAUACUAGUUCAAUAAAAUAACCAAUACAAAUAUUUAUUAUCUCAGGAAAAACCUAAUAAUCAAAACAAUAGCGAAAUGAACUUCAAAUGCAAGGUGUGUGAUCAAUGUUAUAAAGGCCUUGCAGCAUUUCGUAUACAUUCACUCGAUGUUCAUAGUAUUGAAGAUCCAGAAUUAGGUAAGUUACUGAUGUUUAAAGAGAAAGAAUGAUUUGACUUUAAAUACUUAACGAGAUUGCCCCGAGUGUUUUUACAGUACUUUUGAACUUAAAAAAAAUUAUUAAAAAUCAUAAAUUUAAUGAAAAUAAAAAAUGUAUACAUCAAAAUUGUCAGAAAAUUAAACUCUAUAAAAUAACUAUCAUCAAAUUUUUCAAAAAUUAAUUAAUUGCAUUAUAAAUAUUUGUAGUCCUUAUCCCUGUGAGUAAUAUAGACAAAAAUAAAACUUUUUUUUAUUUUGAAUUUGUUUAUCUUUAUAAUAUCCGGAUAUAUUACAAUGGGUACAUCUUCGUGGGACACCUGUAGUGCUAUAGUAAAAUAUUUGAUAUUCCCCUCCUGAAAAUGGUUUUAAGUAAGCUACCGAGUUUUAAUUACUUAUAUACAUUAUAUAUUUUUACUUACAAUAUAAGUGAAAUUUAUCUCAAUUAUUAUUUAUUUGUUUUUCACAAAAUGUGAAAUUGUUUUUUAAUUCAUGUCUUUAUUGGAGAAAGAAAAAGUUGUAAGUUAAUUUCUGAACAAAUAUCUUAAUGUUUCCAAUAAUUAUGAAUAAUUGCUUUGCCAUUUUUAAAUAAAUGUAAUUAUUUAUAAGUGUCACCUAACUUGAUUAUUGGAAAAAUUAGGAAUUUAUAAACUUUCCAAAACAAUGAAUUUAAUUAUAUUAGAUUAAUAUUCAUACAAAGAUUUAUAUUUUUUAGUUAAUGUAAUAAAGUCUGAUUACUUACUUGAAUGUUGGGUUUGCAAGCUCAUAAUGGAUGGAGGAGCAGAAGAACUCGAAGAGCACAUGGCAAAAGACCAUGAAUUUGAUGAUACUUCAAAUAGGUGUGUACAUUUUACCUAUCCCAUUGUAUAUGCCAGUACUUUAAUUAAUUGUGUCAAUUUUAGUGAAAAUGGAAAGGAGUUAAAAAAUAAAAUGGUUAGCAAGUUGGGUGAAAUUUUAGACCAAGCCUUGAAAAAUCUAAUUUCUUCAACACAAAAACCGUAAUAAUUUUUAAUUAAUAAUUUGGUUAGAUUUUAAAUUGUUCAACAAUUUCCUUUAGGAGUGCUAACAAAACCUGGAGUGGUGGUGCAAUAACAUUGUUGGGUAAAUUAUGUGCCCUACGCAAUAAUGAAAAAGGCACAACUGUUUCGAAUAGUAUUGCCAAUUCUGCACUUGCUAAGGACUUACGCAAAGUCAUUGGACGUAAUAGCAGUAAUGGGUCCAAUGCCAAAACUCAACCUAAAAAAUUACAGUCUGCACAUGCUAUUCGACAAAACGCACGUUUAGCAGCAUUGUCUGAAGCCGCUCAACGACUGACACCCAUAAUCGAUUCUGAAGAUUCGUCCAGCAUUUACAAAUGUCCUAUUUGUAACAUUGGGUAAGGGAUAUUACAAUUAAAACAAAAAAAAAUUAUGUUUUAUUCUGUAAUAAUUGUACUCUGAUUUUAGGUUUGAGACUACAAGCACUAGAAAUAAGCAUAUUAGUCGAGCACACAACAGUCCAAAGAAAUCCAAUCGCAUUGAGACAGCUGUUCAAUGUAAGCUAUUAUUUAUAAAAUGUUUUAAACUGUAUAACCAGGCGUGUGGAAUAGGCAAUUUUACUACAGCUAUACACAUUGUUUUGAUAUUUUUAUAUAAUUAUUAUACAUCAAUACAUCAUAUUAUAUUAUAUGCUACUUGUGUGGGUGUCAUUUUUUUUAAGUUAUUGAUAUACAAUAAUUCAAACUCAAUGAUUAUUAUUAUUGUAUUAAGACAAUUUUAUAACUAAAAAUAAUAAUAAUAACAAUAAUCUGUUUUUCAGCCGAUUUGUCUCUGCAGUCAACUGUACUUGAAGAAACGCCAGAACCUGUGACCAAAGUACGCCCCAUGUUUUCACUAGGCGCAAUGAACCGCAGAGGACUAAAAAAAUUUAAUAGCACAUGCAGCGAAGAAGUUCGGGCACGUGCAAAACAAGCACUUCGUGAUCUAGAAAUUAAAUCCAGAUUAAAACAUUAUACAUUUUCUGGUGAUCAACCUUCACCCAACUGA